AUGGUGAGGACAAUUGCUGAUAUUGAAGAAUCAGAAAACCGAGCUCGCAAUCAAGCUGAAUAUUUGAGGAGCAGUCUAGAGGAGCAUAGUCUUGAGCUUUGAGUAAAAGCGGCAGGUGAAGCUGAAGCUGCAUGCCAGCAAAGGCUUUCCUUUGCUGAAGCAGAACUGGAAGAGUUAAGGGCCAAAGUAGAUGCAUCUGAAAGAGAUGUUGUGGAACUCAAGGAGGCGAUAAGAAUUAAAGAGGCUGAAGGAGAUGCCUAUAUUUCUGAUAUUGAGACAAUCGGUCAAGCAUAUGAAGACAUGCAAACACAAAAUCAGCAUCUUCUUGAACAGCUUGCUGAUAGAGAGGACUUUAACAUAAAGCUGGUAUCCGAUAGUGUGAAGAUGAAGCAAGCUUCUAGUUCCCUUCUCUCUGAAAAGCUUAUGUUGGAGAAACAACUCCAGCAAGUUCAUACUUCACUGGAGUCAUCCAAACUGAAAAUGGCCCGUGGUGAAGAGCAGAUGAAGACUUGUGUAGAACAAGCUAUAAAAACAUCAGCUGAAAACAGACAUCUUACGAUUAGCCUGGAAAGGGCUGUGCUGGACGUAUCCAACACAGAGAAGGAGCUCAAGUGGUUUCGGUCCUCUGUUGGAUCCUCUGAGAAAGAUUAUGAGCAGACUCAGCAAAAGAUAUCUGAGCUGAGGAUGUUGCUAGAGAAUGAGAAGAGUGAGAGGCGGCGGCUUGAGGAACAAUAUGAAGAGGUGAAAAACGAAGUUAAGGAGCUGACUUCUGAGACUGAAGAGACUACUAUCCAGAAGCUCCAGGAUGAAAUAAAAGAAUGCAAGGCUAUUCUCAAGUGUGGCGUCUGCUUUGACCGGCCUAAAGAGGUUGUGAUUACCAAAUGUUUCCACCUAUUCUGCUCACCAUGCAUCCAGAGGAACCUUGAGAUUCGCCACCGGAAAUGUCCCGGCUGUGGAACUCCAUUCGGGCAAAAUGACGUUCGGGAGGCGAAGAUAUGA